UAAUUCGACAGUGCACCGUUAUGUUUGACAGGCUAAAAUGAUUGCUUAGCAGAGUUGUUUAGCUUCGUAUGAUGGUGAAAGUGGUGAUUAGCAAGCUCAUGCUAAUGCAAGACCGAUUCAGCGGUCAUUUAAACGCAUUGCAGUAUUCUUGCUCUCCGCUGCGGCUUUACCAAACACCGGUCCCCUGUAGUUUGUCAGUUAUAGCUAAUCAAAUGCCAUUGUAAAUAUUUAAAGGCUGACACUGUUGGAGGAUGGACCCUGUAGUGUUGAGCUACCGGGACAGCCUGUUGCGGCGCUCUGAUGUGUCCUUACUGGAAGGACCUUACUGGCUCAAUGACCAAGUCAUUGGUUUUGCCUUCGAGUACUUUGCUGCUGGUCGCUUCAGAGUUCUGGGGGAGGCCAUCAUCUUCAUCAGCCCAGAGGUCACCCAGUUCAUUAAGUGUGCUUCUUGCCCUGAUGAGUUAGCCCUAUUUCUGGAGCCACUGGAUCUUUCUUCCCGUCGCUGGGUCUUUCUAGCUGUUAAUGACAACUCCAACCAAACGGCUGGGGGAUCCCACUGGAGCCUUUUGCUCUACCAUCACAACUCCAACCACUUUGCUCACUAUGACUCUCAAAAUGGCAGCAAUUCACUGCAUGCACGGCGCAUUGCUAGCAAGCUAGAGCCUUUCCUGGGUGCAGGGAGAAAAGCACUGUUUGUGGAGGAGCCCUGCCCAUCGCAACAGAACAGCUACGACUGUGGCAUGUAUGUUAUCUGUAUUGCUGAGGCCUUGUGUGAGAAGGCCAGGGCAGAGGGCUCACCACGCCUUCCUGUACAAAUAAUCACCCCGGCCUACAUCACCCAGAAGAGAGCUGAGUGGUGCAGACUGAUCCAGAGUCUAGCUCAGAACGACCUCUGUUGCUCUCUGUCUUUUCCUUAGCACGUCGGUUGCCCCUUAACUAUAAGCAGAACAGCUGUCAGCCCCCAACAUAUCUAUUGCUGGAGCAUCUGAAUUUACUCCUUGAAUACAGCAUAUAACUAUUUAUGAAGUGUAUUUCUAUUACUGUCAGUAUCAUACUAAAUAAUGGUGAAAAAUUAAAACAAUCUUAGGAAUCUAA